AUGUGGGUUGGAAAAGAGCUUGCGGUGAGGCACUUUCUCAACGGAGUGUUCCUCGCUGCGUUUGUGGCACAAGGGCUUGUCACCCCCACUGCAGUGGAGUGGUUGAAGAACCUCGCAAGUUGCGAGGAGGACGCGUUAGGCACAUGGCAUCGCGGGUUUGGGUUCGAGCAGGAUUUGGCAGAACGCAUGGAAAAGAUGUUUCGCCGUAUUCGGAAAGAAAUGAAAUACGCCUGCCGGCGAAGCAACUACAUCAAGGACAAGCACAAGAAUCACAUUAUCACAGGAGGAGCGCAAGUUAAGAAUCGCAGCUGUCUGAAUCAUUGUUCACUUUCCUUCUAAUAUGAUCAUUAUUUGCAUUUGUCUCUGAUGUUUGUUGCUUAAGCUUAACAAGAAGAUUAAAAACAAUGAAUUGGACUUAAGACAUGAAUGAUCUGAAUGUGUAGAGCUCUAAUCCUCUACAUAGUCAAUCUUCCGGUUCGGAAAUGAAUAAGUGUGCUGGAGGUCGUGUAGUGGUGGAGGAAGAACAUCACGGUGGAUUACAAAAGAUUUGUUUGCAAAACAACGAGAACUGCGUGAAGGUGAAGAACGACGAGAGCAGAAGGAGACGGAAAUAAUCGCGAGAGCUGUGCGGUCAACAUUCGAUGCUGCGUAUUGCGAAAUCGGAUUAAAGCAAGCUGAGUGGGAGUUGGGAAUAUUUUCGCGGAAUUGUCGCCUAAAACCAGAUCAGGAUGAACUAGUCAUGAACAUACCAUAUUGCGCAGUGGAAGACCUACUAGAGCGUGCAUACGGUAUCGCAAGGGCAAGAGGCGACACCGUCUUUCACUUCUUAUUGCUGAGACAUUGUUUUUUUCCAGAUUGGCUCAGACACAGAGCGAAGCUAAUGUUUCCGGUAGAAACAAAAACGGUAGAGGAGUGCCUUGAAACGUGUGCAUUGUGGCGAUUCGAUAUGAGUUUUCUGGAGAAGUGUACACGGGCACUAGCCAGGACGUGGG